CGGGCGGGGCGGCGGCGUGGGGGGGGCAGAAGCUUCUGAAUGUGAGCGGGAGCUAGACUCGGAGCUGGAGCCGCCGAGUGCAGAGAGCCCGGAGCCGGGGCGGCGAGCGUCGCGAGGAGAGCCCGGGAGCCAGGGGACGAGGUCAGCCGCAGUCCAGAGCACUGCCGCGGCGAUGGCCGUGGCUGUGGGGAGACCCAAUAAUGAAGACCUUCGAAACUUAUCUCUCUCUGGUCAUGUUGGAUUUGAUAGUCUUCCUGACCAGUUGGUCAACAAGUCCACAUCCCAAGGGUUCUGCUUUAACAUCCUCUGCGUUGGUGAGACAGGCAUUGGUAAAUCAACAUUAAUGGAUACUUUAUUCAACACCAAGUUUGAAAGUGACCCAGCUACUCACAAUGAGCCAGGAGUCCGGUUAAAAGCCAGGAGUUAUGAGCUUCAGGAGAGCAAUGUACGUCUGAAACUGACCAUCGUUGAUACUGUAGGAUUUGGAGACCAGAUAAACAAAGAUGACAGCUAUAAACCAAUAGUAGAAUAUAUUGAUGCACAAUUUGAAGCUUACCUGCAAGAGGAAUUGAAGAUCAAGCGUUCUCUGUUCAAUUACCAUGACACCCGGAUCCACGCUUGCCUUUACUUCAUCGCCCCCACUGGACAUUCUCUGAAGUCCCUCGACCUCGUCACCAUGAAGAAACUGGACAGCAAGGUGAACAUCAUCCCCAUCAUAGCAAAAGCAGAUACCAUUGCCAAAAAUGAGCUGCACAAAUUCAAGAGUAAAAUCAUGAGUGAGCUCGUCAGUAAUGGUGUUCAGAUAUACCAGUUCCCUACAGAUGAAGAGACAGUGGCAGAGAUUAACGCGACAAUGAGUGUUCAUCUUCCAUUUGCUGUGGUUGGAAGUACUGAAGAAGUGAAGAUUGGAAAUAAGAUGGCAAAGGCCAGGCAGUACCCUUGGGGUGUGGUGCAAGUUGAGAAUGAAAACCACUGUGACUUUGUAAAGCUCCGAGAGAUGCUGAUCCGAGUAAACAUGGAGGAUUUGAGAGAACAAACUCAUACCCGCCACUAUGAACUGUACCGACGUUGUAAGCUGGAAGAAAUGGGAUUCAAAGACACAGAUCCUGAUAGCAAACCCUUCAGUCUCCAGGAGACGUAUGAAGCAAAGAGAAACGAAUUCUUGGGAGAACUUCAGAAGAAAGAGGAAGAAAUGAGACAAAUGUUUGUCAUGAGGGUGAAAGAAAAAGAAGCUGAGCUUAAAGAGGCGGAAAAAGAUCUUCAUGAAAAGUUUGACCUUCUAAAGCGGACACACCAGGAAGAGAAAAAGAAAGUGGAAGACAAAAAGAAGGAGCUUGAGGAGGAGGUCAGCAACUUCCAGAAGAAGAAAGCGGCCGCUCAGCUCUUACAGUCGCAGGCUCAGCAGGCUGGGGCCCAACAAACCAAGAAAGACAAAGACAAGAAAAAUGCAAGCUUCACAUAAAGCCUGGCAAGCCAAGGAUGUUCCCGCAUUCACCUGCUUUUGCAGUAACGUGUCCCUGCCAUCUGUGUUCUUUUUUUCUUUUAUCCGCCCUCGCCCCCUUCCCCCCUUCCCCCAAGCACCAAUAACUCUUUUAACUCAUUUCACUGGAGGUGGGUGGUGGGAGAAGGUAGAAAAAGGAAAUGAUGGUAACUGCUAUGUUCACCUGGAUUUCGUCUCUGGAAAGUAAAUGGUUUGCUUUUUAUGUCAAUUCAGAACAGUCACAGUUGAGCACGCCUCUUACUUGUAUGUUGCUUUGGAAUGAAUGGGAAAGUAGUAUACAUUAAGUGCCAUUGUGUCUGACAUGGAAACUGUUCUCACCGCCUCACCAGCUGAACUAAAACCGGAAUGACCAUGACUUGUACCCAUGACUGCCCGAUGCCCACGUCCACUCUGACUCUUCUCGUUCCACACCCUCCUCCCAAAUCCAGCAGCUUUUUGCUGAGACAUGAUGGGUAAACAAAGCAUGAUUUGGAUUGAAUUUUUCAUUUAGUACAGGCUUCUUGUCAGCCUCCCCAGAGCGUCAGACUGCUUCAUUUCACUGUUUUAAAAAUGAAGCUGGAUUCAUGAUUCAGUAAUGUAGGAAGAGCUCAGGGAGGAUUAUUCCCAAGGGCUCUGAGCAUAUAACUCUCCAUCACCAGCAUACCCUAGUUUUUCAGGGAAAUUACAAAUAGCUGAUCAUAUGCCAUCUUUCAGUGAAAGAACACACAAGAUAAAGAUUUUCCCCAUCCUUUCAGCUUAACAUAAUGAACCUCUUCUCUAGUAUUUGAAUUUGUUUUCCAUGGGAAAAUCAACAUUAUCUCAUACUGGAAGAAAAACCAUAAUGUCUUGUGGUACUGGAUCUAUCUACAAAACUUCAAAAAAAAUUGUUUUCAGCAGCCACUUCAGUAUUAUUCCAGAUAAAACACUCUAGGAUUAACUAUUUAGCCUUUGGGCUUCCAUAUUUCAGUGGACCUUGUGACCUACACAUUAGAAAAAGCCAACUUGAAUCAAGAAAUGAAAACUCAACUCUCUUCCCAACUAGCUUCCCUGCCCUGUUCUCCAUUUGUACCACUUGGCUGUCAAGAGACAAACAGAGCAGAUGCUUCUUGGAACCCAAUUGGCUUCAGGAAUUCCCCUUGCCCUCUCCAUCACUGCAGUCACUCACACAAAGCAUUUCUAUCUCUUAAGACCAUAGAUGUGGUGCCAAAGGUGCCAAGCAGGGGAAUCAGAGAGAACGUAAAUAAGUCAGUAGUCUUCCAGAAUCUUUAAACAUACUCUUCUGUCCUAAUUGAUAUAAAAUACAAAUUUAACUACUUAAGAUCUUUACUGUACUUUUAGACAUCCCUCCCACCCCCUGCCUCCUCUGGAAAUAAUAUGAAAUAGCUUCCCAUGUUGAUCCUCCUAACUUUCUGGGGCUGGGACAUGCCAGCUUUCCCUUUGCUCCUAGCUAAGUUGUCUCAUUUCUCACUUUUUACAUUUAACAUAUUUCUCUUUGGAACUGAGACCUUCCACCUCUUCUUGUCUUUCCUCCUAGUGCCUUGCCAGGAUAGAAUGGGUAGUUUGUUUUUUUUCUUUUAACUGCCUCUCCAGGCUCUAAAGCAAAGGACUUUUGUUUAGCCUCCCCUCUCUUCCUCCCACCAACCACUUUUCAUAGAACUUAUUAGGGCAGGAAGAAUUUCCAGGAAGUGAUUUGGGGCCACAGAGGUAAAGCUUUCCCGGGAAACCAUUUUGAAGCUCAAAAAUACACUAAAACUGUGAGCUUCCAGUCUAGGAGAAGCAGCAGUAAUGGACCUAAGACAGGUUUAACCCGAUCCCCAGGAGGGUGUUUCUGCAGUUCUAAUAUGAACUAAGCCAUGGAGCAGCUGAAUUCUAGGAAUUUUUCUUGGCAUGAUGAAACCAGUUUCCUAACCAUAGGCUGCAUUUCUCAUGCGUUAUACUAAAAGUCAAGAACUCAACCGCUUGCGUGACGUGUUUGCACCAGCUGCUUUGUGUGUCCGCGUCUUUGAAAAUAGCCCUUUUUGCGCCUCAGUAUAGGAAUCAAAAUUUUUUAAUUGCUUCCUCGUAUCACUAAGGCCUUUUUCAGGUAGUUUAGCAGUGAAAAGGCCUCCAACCAUAGCCAUUUUGACUUUUUGGCCCAAAGCCAUGACCAGAUUGCUUUAACAGCCUCAUUAGAUUUUUGGUUUUUUUAGAGAUACUUUAAUGCUGCCACUAAUGUCAUUUUUACUGCCAUCCCUCCCCUGGCCCUCUUGAGCUUGUUACUGCUGCUCUUCUCUUUUCUUUCUGUAUUUAUGCCUUUUUUCACAGUAGUCCUUGGCUCUGCACGGAAUAAAUGAUACCCUCAAAUCUAAUUGGAUGUACUUUCACCUCUGCAUGUAAGUAUGGGAACAAGAAGCCUCUUUGACAUCUUGGCCUUUAAAAACAUUAAUGAGUGGGACAGAUGGGAAUGGGGGUUGGGGACCUGUUUCAUCCUGUUAACUUGAGCAGCACCAGAAAGAUAGCCAUCAUCAUUGUCUCACAGUAGCCUCAUGAACUUAGAUUCCCCCUGAAAUCAAUGUGGAAGUCUUCAUUGGCUUGUCACAUGGUGAGACCAUACAGGGAGCAUUAUCUGACACCACAAAGGGCUUUAGGUGGUACAACAGCUUCGAUUGACUAGUGUCUUUAGUGCGAAGCAUUACUGUGCCCUUUCGUUGGAUCGCUAGAGUUUUGGCAGCUGGCAGUGACCACCUUUUUGCCUCUGGAUCAAGAUUUUGCUCCCUCUAGGACUUUGAGGGUCAAGAACUUAGUACCAAGUGCUAUAUAGGGUGUCACAGCAAGUGAUUAGGAGAGUCACUCAAUGUGUUUUUGCAAUCCAAAUUCUUUAUAUACAUUUGUAAAAACUGCAGAAUGUGAUGCAUGGACCAAGGGGGAUCUAGAACUACCUUUUUAUUUUAGGGGUGCAAGUUACCUGUUUUUCUCCUUUCCCUGCUUUGUAACCUCACAAGCUGAUGACAUUUGCUUAACCUCAUCACCUUCAACCCCCAUCAAUAAUAGGUUUGGUUCCUUCACUUCCUCUCCUUCCCAUCCACCCCCACGAAAUGUUUUACAGACUGUUCAGUCAGGUUUUUCUACUGUUACUCAAGCCCACUUGUCUCUGUGUGGUCCUACCAAUCCUGUCCAUUCAAGUCACUUCAUCAUCUGAAAUAGUUAACAUUUCCUAAUCUAAGAAUCAUGGUUCCAUUGGCAGGCCACCUGUGAGAUGAUUUGUCCCACUAGUGGGACUGGCAUCUCCAAAGCCUAGCAUAUGAGAUAAUAUGAAGGGAAAUUUUUUUUCUAAUGAACUGCAAAUAAAGCUGUGAAGAGCAGUAGAACUGUUUCCGAAUUUUUAAAAAUAUGCUGAUAUGCCUUAAACUGUAGCAGUAGCCUUUUGCCACUUUGCUGUUUAAAAAAAGUCAAUGUUUUCCCAAACCUUGUGUAACCUCCGUUCAGUGUUGAUACAUUAUUGUAGACAUGUACACUGCAUGUUAAACACUUGUAAAUUUAAAAAAAAAAACUAAAGUUAUUGUAUUGAUGUCAAACAUUUCAUUUUUGAAGUACUGAUCACUUUGCAAUUUUGUUAGGUAGGGGGAUAGCGAAAAGGUAACCUAUGCAUAUAUCUAUAGUGCCAAGAUGAAGGGGGGGAAAUAUAUUUUUACCCAAACGGUG